ACUAGAACAUCAGCACCAACAAGCUCCGGAGCAUCAUCGCUCUCUGGAAAGCCUUCGGAAUUAGACAAGAGCUGCCUCUCAGCACAGCUACAAAACACUUUCAACCUGCCCAGCCGAAUGGAUAAACCGAGCCUGCAUAGCUUUUAGAGCGGGCUCUGGCACGGCGCGGGAGGCCUGGCGGCUCCGGGGGCUGGGAAGCUGGAGGAUGGAUGGCCGUGUCUGGGAAUGGCAAAAGGCAGCAGAAUGAGGCAUUCGAGGUACCGGCAAAGGUUUUGUCAUUCCUCCCAGAGAAGUUGGUUCGCCUUCCUCGUCCGCUCCGGCUUCUCCUCGCAGAUUUGCCACUUAACGCCGGCUCUCUGAUGACUUACACAAUGGCUCUCAGAGCUUAGAGUCCCUCCCUACCCCCCCACACUCCCCCCAGCCUUUCGUCCUGUCUUCCCCACCCCCAACCCCUUCCCUAUCCUUUCCCUUCCUCAUCCCCAAAAAUUCUCGCUUGUCCUCUCUAGGGAACUUUGUGGGGGUUUGUGGCAUGCACGCUGGAUGCCGGCGAUGUGAGUGGCAGCCGGGCUGUGCCAUGAAGAUUCUGAUGGUUUAAAGGAAAGAAACCAGUUUGAAAAAGAGAGAGAGAGAGAGAGAGGCGAAGGGGAAGCGAAAAAAAGGGGGAGAGAGAGAAGAAAACAGCUGGAGGAAGGAAAAGGAGGACGUUAUUGAUGACAAAAGGAUGGGUUUCCAUUUAAUUAAGCAGCUGAGAGGCACCAGCGCGCUCCUGGUGCUGCUGCUUCCCCUGGUGCUGCUCGCGGUGCUCGCGGGGGCUCAGCGAGCCUGCCCCAAGAACUGCCGAUGCGACGGCAAGAUCGUGUACUGCGAGUCCCACGCCUUCCGAGACAUCCCCCACAACAUCUCCGGGGGCUCCCAGGGCUUGUCCCUGCGCUACAACAGCAUCCAGAAGCUCAAAUCCCAUCAGUUUGCGGGCCUCAAUCAGCUCAUAUGGCUUUAUCUCGACCAUAAUUACAUCAGCUCCGUGGACGAGGACGCGUUCCAGGGGAUCCGCCGGCUGAAGGAAUUAAUCCUGAGCUCCAACAAAAUCACCCUCCUGCACAACAAGACCUUCCACCCCGUGCCCAACCUGCGCAACCUGGACCUGUCUUACAACAAGCUGCAGGUGCUGCAGGCCGAGCAGUUCAAGGGCCUGCGGAAGCUCCUGAUCCUGCACCUGAGGUCCAACUCGCUGAAAACGGUGCCCAUCCGGGUGUUCCAGGACUGCCGGAACCUCGACUUCCUGGAUCUGGGCUACAACCGCCUGCGGAGCUUGUCCCGGAACGCCUUCGCCGGCCUGCUGAAGCUGACGGAGCUCCACUUGGAGCACAACCAGUUUUCGAAGAUCAAUUUUGCCCACUUCCCACGCCUCUUCAACCUGCGCUCCAUCUACUUGCAGUGGAAUAGGAUCCGCUCCAUCAGCCAGGGCUUGACAUGGACCUGGAGUUCCUUGCACAACUUGGAUUUAUCGGGAAACGACAUCGCGGGGGUAGAGCCUGGGACCUUCCAGUGCCUCCCCAACCUGCAAAAACUGAACCUGGAUUCCAACAAACUCACCAACAUCUCCCAGGAGACCAUCAACACGUGGAUCUCGCUCAUCUCCAUCACUCUGUCCGGAAAUAUGUGGGAAUGUACUCGAAGCAUUUGCCCUCUUUUUAAUUGGCUUAAGAAUUUCAAGGGGAAUAAGGAGAGCACCAUGAUCUGCGCGGGCCCCAAGCACAUCCAGGGCGAGAAGGUGAGCGACGCCGUGGAGACCUACAACAUCUGCGCCGAGAUCCAGGUGGUGGCCACCGAGAGGUCCUACCAGGCGCCCAGAACCCCCCCGAGACCCGUCUUCGUCCCCAAACCCACCGUGUCCAAACUGGAAAGCCAUCAGCCCAGCGCCGCCACGCCGAGCCCUUCCGCCGACAUCCCCACCCCGGGAGUGGAGCCGGAGUACGAGCACGUGUCCUUCCACAAGAUCAUCGCGGGCAGCGUGGCCCUGUUCCUCUCCGUGGCCAUGAUCCUGCUGGUGAUCUACGUGUCCUGGAAGCGUUACCCCGCCAGCAUGAAGCAGCUCCAGCAGCACACGCUCAUGAAGAGGCGCAGGAAAAAGGCCAGGGAGUCUGAGAGGCAAAUGAACUCCCCUUUGCAGGAGUAUUACGUGGACUACAAGCCAACAAACUCUGAGACCAUGGAUGUAUCGGUUAAUGGAUCUGGGCCCUGCACUUAUACCAUCUCUGGCUCCAGGGAAUGCGAGGUCCUUCACCCCAUGAAGACUUUACCCUACUACAGCUACGAGCAGCCCGUCCUGGGGUACUGCCAGGCCCACAAGCCCCUGCACGUGAACAAGGGCUACGACCCCAUGGGCCGGGAGCAGGCGGAGAGCUCGAGCCUGGACCUGAGCCGGGAGCACAACUUCAUCGCCACCAUCGCUCGCUCGGCCGCCCCGGCCAUCUACAUCGAGAGGAUACCAAACUAACCCCCCCCGGGCACCUCGGGGGGCACCUGCCAGCUGGGCCAACAGGCCAGGAGAGACCCUCCCAAGCCACCAUUCCAGCUCCAGAACCUUCCAGCCCGGCGCCAGGGGAAGGGCGGGAGAGCGCGGACUGAGCC